CAUCAUUUUGUUCCGGAUCUUUGAGGGUUUCAUUGAGCGAUGGCUUCGAAGCGGAUCUUGAAGGAGCUCAAGGAUCUUCAGAAAGAUCCUCCUACCUCUUGCAGCGCUGGCCCCGUGGGAGAAGACAUGUUUCACUGGCAAGCAACAAUCAUGGGUCCUCCCGACAGUCCUUAUUCCGGUGGGGUCUUUCUAGUUACUAUCCAUUUCCCUCCAGAUUACCCUUUUAAGCCACCUAAGGUAGCUUUCAAGACGAAAGUUUUCCACCCGAAUAUCAAUAGCAAUGGCAGCAUAUGUCUUGACAUUCUUAAAGAACAAUGGAGCCCAGCUCUUACCAUCUCCAAGGUGUUGCUGUCAAUAUGCUCCUUGUUGACGGACCCGAACCCAGAUGACCCUUUGGUGCCGGAGAUUGCGCACAUGUACAAAACGGACCGGAACAAGUACGAGACGACUGCGAGAAGCUGGACUCAGAAGUAUGCCAUGGGCUAACAAUGCUGCUUGACCCCCAAAGGUGAGAUAGAGAUAUGAAGAAGGGCUCCUUUUCUUUGUGGUUUCUGCUUCUGUUAUUGUCCUAAAAUGUGUGGAAUUGAAUUGAAUUGAAUUGUAAGAUAAAGUUUGAAAAGGAAACAUGCCCUCCUUCCAUACUCGUGUGCUUUCAUUUUCUUUGGGAAUAUAUUAUGCCUUCUCUAAAA